UAAAAUAUUAAGAUGUCAGUAGAUGACGUCACAAAUGUGGUAUCUUUCCUAUCUCUUGUAGGUGAUAUAAUCAUUAACGAGUUGUCUGUGAUAAUUCCUAUGUUCGCUAUAGAAAAUUGCAGAGGGCGUAAGAAACACUCUGAUUUUUUGGUAGGUGAGGUGAAAAAGAUAGAAGAACCUUUAAUAUUUCACACGUAUCCUUUGUGUAAAUACAGUGAUAUGAAGGAAGAAAUGAAGCAAGAAGCAAUGGAAAUAUGCGUUACAGCUACGGAGAAAUAUACCGAUAAUCAUGAACUAGCAGCUCGAAAUAUUAAAGAUAAUUUAGACAAAAGAUUCGGUGGCCCAUUUCAUGUGGUUAUUGGAGAAUCGUAUGCUUGUGCAGUUACGUAUCAAGCAAAGUCGUUAUUAUAUAUGUACAACGCUGGUAAUAUUGCCAUCCUUGUAUGGAGAACAGUUUCAACUUUUUAACGACAAUAUUACAAUUUUGAUAUAGUAUACUGUACACCAUGUACGUAAUAUAAUUAUUUCUGUUAUAUUUAUUUACAUUUUCCUGACUAAAUAAUUAUAUGUAAUAUGGUUAGAGACAUAUGAACGGACAAUAAAUAUAAAGCUGAAUCCACAAUGUGAUCAAAUGUCGCUACUGCUCGAUUGUACUAAUCAUUAUAGUGGAUUGUCUUUUUCACCACUUUUUUGAUGAUCGAAGAUUUGUUGUUUUUGCUGUAUUGUUUUGACAAUUUUAAUAAAA